AUGAGUAUGCUGGGUUUCGUGUAUCUCUUCUUGAUACUCGGCUGGAUACUGAUUGUGUUGUUUCUCAAGUGCAAAAAGUCGAUCACACCGCAUCUCGCCUUCACCGAGCACUACACGGACGCAAUAGCGACGGGUCGUCGUCCCUCGGUGCACAUCAUAGAAUUGCCACCGGACGAAAUGGAUAACGAAGAACAAUUUUUGGACUCAUAUCAUCAGCAGAGUAACAACUUGCGCAGGCAUUCGAAUCGCUCACAACGCUCGACGCUGCCCGAAGAGCGCACCAUAGAAACCACAUAUCCCACAGAUGCGGUUGUGAAUCCGGCGUAUAUGCACGACGAGGAGUACAUCAUCAAUGAUAAUUCCACACAACACGCACAAACACAAGUUAACUCACGCGUGGAAACGCCACCGCCUUCGUAUGAGGAAGUAAUGCGCCAACCGGAUGUGUAUCCCAAAGUACACCAAAGCACGAGCAAAGUGAGCGACGCGAAUAUUUAAGCGCCACUCGUCCGCUGCGCUGACCUCCCCUCCGUUUGCACUUUCACCGGCGGAACGAAGUGUACACCCGACAAACUUGUGGGUUGCCUCUGA